GGGAGGGAGGUGGAGAGUUGAGCGAGGAGGUGGCGGUCACUUCUUUAACCAUUUGGCUGUGAAACCGCCGAGCCUUUCAUCUACAGCCUGGGUUUCUGUUCGCUUUCACAGCGAGCCUUCACAAAUCCUUUCCAAGUGGCCGGGUUUGCUGAGAAAGAGUUGUGCUGUGUUUUUUCCACCUCCUCCCUCAGCUUUCAGUCUAACUUCCAGCAGUGAAGAUGCCCCUGGCGCAACUAGCUGACCCUUGGCGAAAGAUGGCCAUUGGGAGCGCAGCGAGCGAGGUAAGUCACGAAGAGACCCACCACGUCCUGGAGGAUUCUUUAGGAGAGGAUGACAACCUGUCAUGUCAGGAUGAAGUUCCAGUUAAGGAGAUCAGCAUCACUCAUCAUGUUAAAGAAGGCUCGGAGAAAGCCGACCCGCGGCAGUUUGAGCUGCGUAAAGUUCUGGGUCAGGGCUCCUUCGGAAAGGUGUUUCUGGUAAAGAAGAUAACGGGGCCAGAUGCAGGGCAGCUCUAUGCAAUGAAGGUGCUGAAAAAAGCCACGCUAAAAGUGCGGGAUCGAGUCAGGACUAAGAUGGAGCGAGACAUCCUCGUGGAGGUGAAUCAUCCCUUUAUCGUAAAGCUGCACUAUGCAUUCCAGACAGAGGGAAAGCUUUAUCUGAUUCUGGACUUUCUCAGAGGUGGAGAUCUUUUCACCCGUCUGUCAAAAGAGGUGAUGUUCACAGAAGAAGAUGUGAAGUUUUAUCUGGCUGAGCUGGCUUUGGCACUGGACCACCUGCAUGGGCUAGGCAUCAUCUACAGAGACCUCAAACCAGAGAACAUCCUGUUGGACGAGGACGGCCACAUUAAGCUGACAGACUUUGGGCUCAGUAAGGAGUCGAUUGAUCACGAGAACAAGGCCUACUCUUUCUGCGGGACAGUGGAGUACAUGGCGCCAGAAGUGGUCAACCGCAGAGGCCACACCCACAGCGCUGAUUGGUGGUCAUAUGGUGUGCUCAUGUUUGAAAUGCUAACUGGAACACUCCCCUUCCAAGGCAAGGACCGUAAGGAAACCAUGACCAUGAUUCUAAAGGCCAAACUGGGCAUGCCUCAGUUUCUCAGUGCUGAGGCUCAGAGUCUACUCCGCAACCUGUUCAAACGCAACCCCUCCAACAGGCUGGGUGCUGGUCCAGAUGGGGUCGAGGAAAUAAAGAGGCAUCAGUUUUACUCUUCUAUUGACUGGAAUAAAUUAUUUAGGAGAGAGAUUCAGCCACCCUUCAAGCCUGCCUCUGGGAGACCGGAUGACACGUUCUACUUUGACCCGGAAUUCACAGCUAAAACUCCCAAAGAUUCACCAGGUGUGCCCCCUAGUGCCAAUGCCCAUCAGCUCUUCAGAGGCUUCAGCUUUGUGGCUAUCAGCUCAGAAGAGGACACCCAACCACUGCAGAGUAACAUGAGCAAUAUAGUGCAGCAGCUCCACAGAAACACAACUCAAUUCAGCGACUCGUACGAGGUGAGGGAAGACAUCGGGGUCGGCUCAUACUCAAUCUGCAAACGCUGCAUUCAGAAAAGCACAGGCAUGGAGUACGCCGUCAAGAUCAUCAACAAGGCCAAAAGGGAUCCUACAGAGGAGGUGGAAAUUCUGCUACGCUAUGGCCAGCACCCCAACAUCAUCACCUUAAAAGACGUGUAUGACGAUGGCCGCUCAGUCUAUCUGGUGACCGAGCUGCUGAAAGGAGGAGAGCUGCUGGAUAAAAUCCUCCGGCAGAAGUUCUUCUCUGAGAGAGAAGCCAGCGCAGUGCUCUACACCAUCACUAAGACUGUGGAGUACCUGCACAUACAAGGGGUGGUUCACAGAGAUCUGAAGCCCAGUAACAUUCUCUAUGUGGACGAGUCAGGCAACCCAGAGUCUAUCCGUAUCUGUGAUUUUGGCUUUGCCAAACAGCUGAGGGCAGAGAAUGGCCUGCUGAUGACGCCCUGCUACACUGCCAACUUUGUUGCCCCUGAGGUGCUGAAGAAGCAAGGUUAUGAUGCUGCAUGUGAUAUAUGGAGUCUAGGUGUCCUUCUAUACACCAUGCUAACAGGGUUCACUCCAUUUGCCAAUGGCCCUGAGGACACGCCGGAGGAGAUUCUGGCCAGGAUCGGCAGUGGGAAGUUCUCUCUGACAGGCGGAUACUGGAACUCUGUCUCAUCUGAGGCCAAGGACCUGGUAUCUAAAAUGCUGCAUGUAGAUCCCCAUCAGAGAUUAACAGCCGCACAAGUGCUGAGGCACCCCUGGAUCAUUCACAAAGACCAACUCCCCAAAUAUCAACUCAACAGACAGGACGCUCCUCAUCUAGUCAAGGGCGCUAUGGCUGCUACUUAUUCUGCCUUGAACAGGAACGUCCCCCCAGUGCUGGAACCUGUCGGCUGCUCCAUUCUCGCUCAGCGCCGAGGAGUGAAGAAGGUGACCUCCACUGCCCUCUGAACCGCUGCCCUCCCCUUUAAACCACACACACCUCACAACUGGCGGAAAAGCCGCCCGCCUGUCCUCCUGCCCUUUAAAGAAGCUCGACUGUCCAGUCCAGCUGCGCCCAGGGCUCAAAAGCCAAGUGUGGACUCAAAGGACCCCUGGUGGACAAUCUGAUUCUUCCUUGUCUGCUUACAAAGAGGACCAACAAAGUCUUUUGCUUGUACAAUCACUGCUGCCUCCAGACUCAAAACAAGCAAAGCAUCCACAGCAAUCUGAGGACUAUUUUUGUUUUUCGGGGAAACAAGAGACAGUAUCAUACAUGCAUAUAAACUUGUAAUAUACUGUAAUAUCUUUUUAUAAAGCUGAUAGAUUAAGACAUUAUUAUAUGGGCUGUUCAGAACAAAACUGUUGCAGAAUGAAAUGCCAAUAAGAAAUGUACUAUUCACUUCUGUUCAACCUCUCCAAAUCUGUUCAGUGUCCAAGUUGAACUACUCUGGAAUGUCCAAACCAAGAGAGUUGACCUUAAUGCGUUUUUAAGGUCUUGAUGUUUCUCUUCCAUACAUCUUCUCUUCACAUAAAAAAGCCAAUGCACGGCUUGAAAUCCACAGGUGUCCCACAGGACCCGAUGCCAGAACAAGAAAUCCCAAAAAAAUAAGACACUUUUACAGAAAGUCAUGUGUGGCGAGAGGACCACAACAUGACAAACGCAUUCUAGCUUUACAAACUGAUUUUGCAGAUCAACUGUGCAAAAGCAGUGCAGAGCACAAGACAGCGGAAAACUGUAAAUACUUAGAGAACUCAGGUUUCUGAAAUACAAUGCAUUAUUAAAAAAAAGCUCUGAGUAACAAAAGCA